UUUGUAAACAAAGUGAAGGCAGUUCCCACGCGGCUGACUUAAAGUCUUUUAUUUAUAAACUCCCACUGCUACGAAAUGGUCUCCCAGCAGCAAAUUGAGGCAAUCGGAGGUGUUCUUAACAACAAGGAUCGCCCGCUGAAGGAGCGUUUUCGUGCCCUGUUUACACUGAAGAACAUUGGAGGAGGAACUGCAAUCGAGGCGAUUAGCAAAGCCUUUGACGAUGAUUCAGCGCUGCUAAAACACGAACUGGCCUAUUGUUUGGGUCAGAUGCAGGACGCGAAGGCUCUAGAUAUCCUCACCAAGGUAUUAAAGGAUACCACGCAGGAGCCGAUGGUACGCCACGAGGCGGCGGAGGCCAUGGGGGCCAUUGGCCAUCCCGAUGUGCUGCCCAUUCUGGAGGAAUACAAACAGGAUCCGGUGGUGGAGGUGGCCGAGACCUGUGCCAUUGCCCUAGACCGCGUCCGAUGGCUGCAAAGUGGUCAGAGGGUAGACGACAAUAAUCCCUAUGCCUCCGUGGAUCCUUCACCACCGGCAGCGGGCGAUAAAAGCGUGGCCGAACUAAAGGCUAUCUACUUGGAUGUCCAGCAGAGCCUGUUCGAUCGGUAUAGGGCUAUGUUCAGCCUUCGUAAUCUGCGCAGCGAGGAGAGUGUCAUCGCAAUCGCACAGGGUUUAAAGGAUUCCUCCGCCCUGUUUCGCCACGAGGUGGCCUUCGUUUUGGGCCAACUGCAGGAGCCCUGCAGCAUUCCCUACCUGCAGGAGAACCUGGAGGAUCGCCUCGAAAACGAAAUGGUGCGCCAUGAGUGCGCCGAGGCCCUCGGCGCCAUCGCCACCGACGACUGCAUUCAGAUCCUGAAUCGCUAUGCCGAGGACGACAAGCGGGUGGUCAAGGAGAGCUGCGUCAUCGCAUUGGACAUGUGCGAGUAUGAGAACAGUCCGGAGUUCCAGUACGCUGACGGACUGACAAAGCUGGACGGGACCAAGUGAUUUACACAGCGUAUUUGCAUCUACCCACCAACUGUAUAUAUUAUUUGUAAACUUUUAUUGUUUUAUCACGUACUGUGAUCACACGGAUCUAAUCUUAUCGGGACAUAAAAUUUAAUCGAAACGUGA